CGUCUAUUGUCCCGGAGUCCAAGGUUCUGGCUCCGAUAAUAUCAUCAUCUGUCGUUCUCAGCUUUUUCAGUGGUUUUGUUACGUUGGUGCAUUAUGAACGAUUAGUAUUUCAAACAUAGCUUCUUUCUUUUUAUUAUAUUUUUCUUCUAAUAAUACAUUACAAUCGUAUUAUCGAUAAUAAUCGUAAUUUAAAUUAUAAAAGUAAUGAUACUAUCUCGAUUUAUUCAUUAAAUUACUUACUUUAAUCUUAAAGCUUGUGAACUAUCAUGUCGCCAAUAGAGUAUGUGGAGUUAAAGUAUAUUGAUAAAUUAUUACAAUGUGGUAUAUGUUACGAGUAUAUGGACACUAGUGUGAUAACUUCGUGUUCCCACAAUUAUUGUUCUCUAUGCAUUAGAAAGUACUUACAUUAUAAAACACAAUGUCCAAUGUGCUUUGAAGAAACCUUUGAGAAAGACUUACGAAAAAACAAUCUUCUAGAUGAAAUAAUUAUUCAUUAUUUGAAUUUUAAAGACAAAUUGGAAAAAAAAUUUUAUCAGAAAGAGAUAUUGACUGCGGAAGAUAAAAACUUUGAAAAUAUAUAUUCUUCAAAUAAUUUUGAAUCUAAGAAAAAACAAAAUGUUUCUGAUACAAAUGAGAUAUUGGACAAAAGUUUUGACAGUCCAAUAUCCAUGGCUAGUAAUACUACACCUCACGGACACAAGAAUUAUCAGCAAAAUAUAUCUACUCCUAGCACUAGUACAGAACUUAGAAUACCUUCAAUGUUUACACCGAAGAGAAAAGGUUUACAAAAUGAGGAAACUCAGUCAGUUACAUGUCCAGUGUGCAAAGUAGAUGUUUCUCAAAAUAAUAUAAAUAAACAUUUAGAUGAUUGUUUAAAAAGGGAAAAUACAAAGGAUCAACCUAAAAAAAGUGAGCCAAAACGUAAACCACUGCCAAAAUUCGUAUUAAAUUUAAUGAAAGAUAAUGUGAUACGAAAAAGAUUAAAAGAAUUAGGUUUAUCAUCUCAAGGAGAUAGAAAGGCAUUAGAAAACAGAUUACAAAGGUAUAUUAUUCUUUAUAAUGCAGAAUGCGAUAAAAUAAAUCCUAGAUCUGUAUCGGAAUUAAUUAAACAGUGUGAAGAAGAGGAAAAUUUGGAGAAGAAAGUACAGAAACCAACAAAUAAAUUAAAUGUCAAUAGAAAUACAGAACAUAAUAUUAUAGAAAAGCAGAGAAAGAAAUAUUUACUUGCAAAUAAGGAUAGUUAUGAUCAGCUAAUUAUGAAAAUGAAACAUCCUAAUAGUUCACGGAAAUUGCCUGUUAGACGCAAUAUAUUAAGCGAAGAAAAUUCUGAUGUUUCAUGUAAAGAUUGUGUUACAGAAAGCACUUCAACUAUUAGAAAUGACGAAAAAAGCGAUUUUUUAGCCCUGAAAUCUUCCAAUGAAGAUUCAAACAUGUAUUGUUCCAGUAUGAAUCCCAUAAAUUUUUUAACAAUUGAAUUAUCUUCCUCGUCUAAUGAUUCCAAUGAUCAAUAUACGUCCAAUCAUAUUUUAAGCGAUUCAUGUGAGAUUAGACCAGUUUUAUCUGAUUCUGUUGUAAAAACGAAAAAUAUAAAGAAUGAAGAAUUACUAUUUUCCGAAAAUACUGUAAUACAUGAAGAGACAAUUUCUAGUAACCAAUCAAGAGAAUGUAAGACUACAGAAAAUGGAAUGGAUACUGAUAGCAAAAAAUCAGUUUCUGAGCUUAUCAGAAUUGAAUCAGAGAAUAGAAGAAAACCAAAGUUAUCUGUGAAAAGAAGUAGAAAUAACAUGAAGUGUAGUCCAGAAAAACGUGUUGCGUAUUCUGAGCCUAAAUAUAGGUGGCAGAAGGAAUCAUGCAAUGAAGAAAUAAAUUCAAUUGUAGAAAAUACUGAGUAUUUUAUAGGAGACAGUGACAAUAGUGACAUUCAGGAUUAUGAAAGAUCUAAGGACGAACAGUUAUAUAAUAUGACAGGAAAGUAUACAUCCGAUUGUAUAAAAUUUGAAAAAGAAAACUUGGAAUCGUCAGAUGAAAAUAUAAAAUCUUACAUUCUUCGAAAGCGAGAGUGCGAAAUGACAUUCACGUUAAGUGACAAAGAAAAAAUUACAGAUAAAUUAACGAAUGCGAAGAAGUCACCUAGAUUUGGCCUUAGCGAAGCUAGAAGAUUUAAUAAUGAAAAUUUAGAAGAUAAGAUGCAGGAUGAAGAAAAAUUGCAAAAUGAGAAGGAACCAUUACAUGUAACUCGCAGUUAUGUACAAAGACAUCUUAAACUAAAAAGUAAAAUUAAUAAUGAUAUGAAAAAAUUAACAAGUUGAAUCAUUGAAUUAAAAUAAUUAAAUAAUCAUGGAAAUAAAUAAACUUUUAUAUAUCAUGUUGAGGACUAGAAAAUGAGUAGUUGAUCUACAAAAAAUUAUAGAUAUUUUGCUUUAAUUAUAUAUAAUAUAUUUUCCUUGAUAUAUACAAAUUACUUUGAUAUGAAAAGAAUAAAAAAAAAAUAAAAACAAUUAAACA